GGCAGGGCGACGCCGCUGGUUGGGUGCGGGGCCGGCAAGAUGGCGGCGGAGCAGUUGAGCGGCAUCCCCAGCGUGGACAUCGACCCCGACGGCGUCUUCAAGUACGUGCUGAUCCGCGUGCGGCCGGCGGGGGGCCAGGGGCCCGCCAAGGAGAUCGUGCGGGGCCACGCCUGGGCCGAGUACCACGCUGAUAUUUAUGACAAGACUGCGGCAGAAAUCGAGAAGCAAGGCUACGACUGCGAGUGCUUGGGCGGGGGCAGGAUCUCCCACCAGAGCAAGGAGAAGAAGAUCCACGUUUAUGGAUAUUCUGUGGGCUUUGGUCGAGCAAAACACUCUGUGUCCACAAAGAUACUGAAAGACGAGUAUCCAGACUAUGCGGUCACCUGGGCUGAUGAAGGCUAUUGACCUGGCUCUACUCCGACAGCAGCAGACAUCACUCCCUUUUCCUAGGACUGAGAAGCCCAAGUCGUUGGCUGGGCUUGUGGGAGCAGAGCCUGCACUGGCUAGAGCUCUGGAGCUGCCUGGGCUCCACUGUUUCUUUGUGUCUGAAACUUCAUGGAGGAUGCAAGUUCAUUCUGCUGGGAAGCUUCUGACAGGAGAGGGACAAGCCUGGAGCAUGGGGAAUUCACCAGCCUCCACACCCUUCGGAUCCAUGAAUUGUCUCAGCGCUGGAGUCUUGAGCUGCAUCUGGUGAAGGUGGAAAUCCUGGCCCCAGUGAAACCGUGGGGGGUUGCCAUUGAUCUCAGAGAGCCAGGACUUCUCCCUGAAUGUUUACAGUGAAAAUUAAACAGUAUCUUUACAUUUACAA